AUGGUUGAUAAAUAUGAUAUAUCACGAAAUCCAAGUGAUUUACCUAAAUCAUUAGGCAUUUUAAGUGUUCGUGCUGGUGCUUCACGUCAACAUUUUCUUAGUUUUGAUGAUAAAAGUUCGGAACAAGAAAAUGCUCAACAACACUUAACUGCUAAUACUUGGCCAGAAUCGAUUAGUGGAGAAAAGAAAAAAGAAAUAGGAGAUGUAUUUUCAACUGAAAUCGAUGAAGAAGUCUAUGAACGAUAUACUAUAGAAGCUUUUCUACCAGGAAGUUGGUCAAAAGGAGCAGGUUUACGAGAUGCAUUGAAAGAUGUGACUGAUAGUCAUUGCAGUGAAUUUUGUGAUAAAGCUGUUGUAAUAUUAGAAAAACGUACAAAUUAUGAAUUAGCAUUAAUUUAUAUUAAUAAAUGUAUUCUUUUAAAACCAUUUCAUAUUACAUUUUAUGAAAUUCGUUCGGAAAUUUAUUUAAAUUUAUGCGAUUUUCAAAGUUCCAUUUUAAGUUUACAAAAAGGUAUUUCAUAUAAACAAGCAACAACUAAUAAUCAAAAAUCAAUAAACGAACAACAAGAACAGCAACAACAACAACAAGUAGUACCAAUAAGUUCAUCGCCAGUAACUAAGGAUGAAAAAUUAACAAAUGAUAAAAUUGCUUUUCUUCGAUAUAUUUCUGGUGUUACAUUGUAUGAUCAAAAGCUUUAUAUAGAUGCAUUAAGUAUUAUUGCUAAUGGUUCUGACGUAUUUAGUACAUUUCCAUUUCAAAUCUAUAGACAAGGCUAA